AUGGAGAGAACUCAUCGAACUGUUCAUUGGUUUCGUAAGGGGCUGAGGCUUCACGACAACGAAGCACUGUACCAUGCCGUAACAACAAGUCAGGUUGUUUUCCCAAUCUACAUCGUCGACGUCAGCUGGCAAAAGGAAAAAGAAAAGUUUUCAGCAAUCAAGACACGAUUCUUGAUCGACUGCUUGAAAGAUUUGGACGAAGGGUUGAAGAAAUGCGGGACAAGACUGUAUGUGCUUACGGGAGAUGCGACCCAAGUUAUCAAGAAGUUUUGCAAAGAAAAUGAAAUCACCCAAAUGACCUGGAUGAAAGAUGCGGAGAUUUUUUACAGAGAACGAGAUGAAGAAAUCACCAAGGUCGUCCAUCGAAUGGAAAUCAAAACCAAGUCCUUUCUCGGCCACACUCUUUACGACCCAGACGAAGUCAUUGCCAAAAACGGCGGAAAGAUCCCACUGACCAUGGAAGAAUUCUACGAAACCAUCAACGACAUGGAACAACCAGGAGCACCCUGCCCGACAGUAACUGCCAAACACUUCAAAAACUGCCUUCCCAGAGCCGUGGAAAAUCAUGAUAGCUUGUAUGGAAUUCCGAAGAUUGCUGCUUGGGGUCACAGUGCUCCCAGAUCGCUGACGAUUUAUAAGGGAGGAGAACGACAAGCGCUCAAGGUCUUGAAGGCAAAAAUGGCGGAUUCGACACUUUUUACGCUCAAUGGUUUCAAUCAAGGGGUGAAAACAAAACUUCCGCACACGACGUACCUCUCUCCUUACCAGAACUACGGAUGUAUCUCCACCCGUUUCUUCUGGAAAUCCGCCGAAAAGCUCCCUGCGGAAAAGACCAUCAUCCUACGCGGACAGAUGAUCUAUCGAGAAUUUUUUUACGUAGCUGCGUCGCAAGUCAAUAAUUUUACCAAGAUGACUGGCAAUCGAAUCUGCCGCCAAAUCGAUUGGUACGAAAAUGCUGAUCAUUUGAAAGCCUGGAAAGAAGGAAAAACGGGCUUGAAAAAUGGGCCGAAAUUUAGUCCGGUAAGCCUAGUUAUGAGACAAUUGGUGACGGAGGGAUUUAUCCACCACAUAAACCGCUGGGCCGUAGCUUCGUUUCUCACAAACGGACAAUUAUGGCUAAACUGGGAGCAUGGGCAACAAAUGUUUGAAGAGCAUCAAAUUGAUGGAGAUUAUGCUAUGAAUGCUGGCUGCUGGAUGUGGUGCACUGGGAGCGCAUUCAAGGAGAAAAUCAGUGAGAGUACACUUGAUCCGGUGAAAUUUGCCAGACGAUGGGACCCCGAAGGCCAUUUCACGAGAAAAUACUGCCCUGAAUUGAAAAACAUGCCUUUGAAAUAUCUUUUCUGUCCCUGGGAAGCUCCAGAAAAUACUCAACGACACGCUCGGGUUCAAGUUGGGAUUGACUACCCUGCGCCAAUCGUUGAUUACAAAAAGACACGAAGUCAGAAUCUCGAGCAGAUCCGCAAAAUCAAUCUUUCCGAAUCCAUUUCUGCUCAAUAA